GGAACUUGGCGUUGUGUAACAAGAAACAGAGUUACAAGGAGAAUCAUAGCAGAGCAUGGCCGGUUUUCCGUACGGCGCUGUCCGAGGUCUGGGCGGCAUGCAGAUUUUCUUGGGAAUCGCUGCCAUGGGGCUGGGGGGCGGCGAUCUGGCCAUGAGCCUUUCAUUCCCCGGCCCCAGAUACGUCGGAUACAACGGCCGGUUUUUUCUCGGCGUGCUAGGUACUGGCAUCUGGACAGGCCUAUUUAUCGGUGCGGCCCAAACCAUGUCUCUGCUCAACGCUGUCGUCUUCGCACCUGGACUGGCUUCUGUUUCGGGGUUCAGCGUUGCCAUGAACCACUGGGAGUGGUUAUACGGCGUUCCCGACCAUAACCCUCCAUAUGGCACCUAUUAUUACCCUGAGCUCGGUGUGAUGACCUAUCUGGAGAGCACCCUUGCCGUUGUUGGAUGCUUGGAGUUCAUCUUCUCCAUAGCAACGGCGUCUGUGUGCUGCUGUGGCGGUUCGUACGACCAGCCUGCUGCCAACCAGGUUGUCCCUAUGCCGAUGGUGGCUUUCCAGACCGCCUCACAGCAGCCUGCAACCAGACCCAAUUGGAACAUGGCCAGGGGACCACCGGGCGUAGCCACAGGAGGCGACGGGCAGAUGGUGACCAUCACCGCCGCCGAACUCGGCAUGCUGUACGCUAAGGCCAACAACAUUACCCUGGAGGAGUAG